UAGUAGUAGUAGUAGUGUCGGUGCUAUUACUGUACACACACACAUACAGUUUCUAAACCAUGGCAUCCAAUUCAAGCACCGGUAGCUCCAAGUUUAGGCUAAAUCUAUGCGAUGAAGACAUUGUCAUCAGCGGUAUUAGCGGCCGAUUCCCCGAAUCGGACUCAAUGGACGAAUUUCGGGACAAUCUCUACAACAAUGUCGACAUGAUUUCGGGUGACGACCGACGCUGGCCUACAGAUCUGUACGGUAUGAGCCCGCGUAUGGGCAAACUAAAGGAACUGGACAAAUUGGAUUCGGCAUUUUUCGGUAUAGUUCCCAAAGUGGCCGACGAAGUGGAUCCGGCCGGUCGUAUACUAUUGGAGACAACCUACGAGGCUAUCUGUGACGCCGGUAUAAAUCCUCAGUCACUGCGCGGCAGUAAUACCGGUGUCUAUGUUGGCUAUACUUCGGUAACAAUGCCCGACGGUAUACCCCAGGAGGUUCAGGAGGACAUACAGGCAUCGAAAACCGAGUCCCUGUUCUGGUUUCAAGGUUCAAGUAAAGCAUUUUAUGCAAACCGUUUAUCGUUUAUGUUUGACUUUCACGGGCCCAGUAUGUCCAUCGAUGUUGCCUGUGCUGCAUCAAUGGUUGCACUGGACUAUGCCGUCAGCGAUAUCCGACUGGGCAAAUGUGACCAAGCUAUUGUAGCUGGGUGUAGUGUCAAUUUGCAGCCGUUUACCAAUCAUAUCUAUCAGGUUAAUGGGAUCGGAUCCAGACAGGGUAUGUCCAGGGUAUGGGACCAGGACGCCAAUGGCUACGUACGGGGCGAAACUGUAGCCUCGCUGUUCCUGCAAAAAUCGCCCGGUGCCAAACGUAUAUACGCUACCGUUUUACAUAGUCGUACCAAUAUUGAUGGCUACAAAAUAUCGGGUAUGUUCUAUCCGUCAUCGGAAAGUCAAUACGAUUUGAUGGUCACUACCUAUACUGAGGCCGGUGUCAAUCCCCAUGAUGUCAACUAUUUUGAAGGUCACGGCACCGGUACUAAAGUUGGCGACCCGCAAGAGGCUAAAGCCAUAUUGGAGGCCUACUGUCGCGAUCGGCAAACGGAACUACCGGUCGGUUUGUUAAAGUCCAAUAUUGGUCACGGCGAGGGUGCGUCGGGUGUAGCAUCGUUGGCCAAACUGUUGAUUGUCUACGAAAAUCGUCGGAUACCGGCCAACCUUAAUAUGCGUACAUUGAAAUCAGAUAUCGUACCAAUGUGUCCACCCCUGGUACCGGUUACCGAAAACCGUGACUACCAACCGGGUAUUGCCGGUGUCAACUCGUUCGGUAUCGGAGGUGUCAAUUGUCAUGCAUUGUUUAGGCCAAACAUUGACCGACCGGAACCGUCGGCGGCUGAUGAUAACCAAUUGAUUUGUACCGAUCAGAUGCCCCGAUUGGUUACCCUAUGUGGCCGUACCCUGGAAUCGGUUAACUCGAUCUAUGAUUUUAUUGAACAAAACCCCGAACGAGUGACCCGCGAUUUUCUGGCCUUAUUAGGCGAAAUUGUUAACCCGUCGGCGGCCAUAUAUUCGGCUGGUUUUCCCUACAGAGGGUCAAUGAUGAUCAAACGUACCGCCGGUGCCGCUGGCGGUGGUCUACACUAUAGCCGACAGGUAACCAAACUGGACAAUCAAACACGUCGGCCGGUUUGCUUUUUUUUCUCCGGUAUGGGCAGCCAAUGGACAGCUAUGGGCAAAUCGCUUAUGGAGAUCGAUGUGUUUGCACAGUCAGUCAGGCGAUCGGCCGAUAUUUUGAAACAAUUUUCCAUUGACUUACUCUAUGUCCUACUAUCCGAUGAUCCGAAAUCGUUGAACGAAAAAAUACAUCAUUUUGUUGCCAUAACAUCGAUGCAGGUAGCUUUGGUCGAUGUUUUUACAGCACUGGGCGUACGGCCGGACUACGUAAUUGGCCACUCGUUUGGCGAAAUUGCUUGCGGCUAUGCGGACGGUUGCCUAACACUGGAACAGGCUAUCAUAACAAGCUAUUGGCGGGGAAAGGCCAUCAAAGAUGCACAGGUAGAACACGGUAUGAUGGCUGCCGUAGGUCUAACCUGGGAGGAAACCCGACGUCGUUGUCCACCGCGGGUCUACCGUGCGUGUCAUAACUCUGAGGAUUCGGUAACCAUAUCGGGUGCCUACGCGGAUGUCGACCAAUGUGUCCGACAGUUGUCCGCUGACGGUAUAUUUGCCCGGGAAGUCCAGUGCGCAAACAUACCGUUUCAUUCGCCACUACUCCAGCCGGCCACCGACGGUAUGACUCGGGCCUUGAAACUAGUGCUAACCGAUCCCAGACCACGAUCGUCGAAAUGGAUCUCAACAUCGGUUGCCGAAUCCGAAUGGUUGACCAGUCCAUCGGCACGGUUAGCAUCGGCCGACUAUUUUGUCAACAAUUUGAUUAGUCCGGUAUUGUUUCACGAAUCACUGACCAAACAUAUACCCGCGGAUGCUAUAGUCCUGGAGCUGGCACCCCAUCACUUGUUUCAAGCUAUAUUCAAACGUUCAAUGCCCGGUGCUAACUAUCUGGGCCUAUUGAAACGUUCAAAUAAUCAACAAAAUCUGGACAUGUUUCUACAAUCGAUUGGCCAGUUGUAUCAGUUGGGCAUAUCGGUUGAUACCGGAGCACUGUAUCCGCCGGUCCAGUGGCCAGUAGCCAGGGAUACCCAAUCGAUAUCAUCGUUGAUCCGUUGGGAUCAUUCAAAAUCAUAUCUAGUUAAACGUUACCCGGACUACCAUAAUCAGUCGACUAGUGCCGAUUUUGUCCAACGUUUUUCAUUGGGUAACCCCGACUACCAGUUCCUCAAAGAUCAUUCGUUCGACGGAAAGUGUGUAUUUCCGGCCAGCGGCUACUUGUUGAUUGUUUGGCGACGAUUGGCCGCCCAAUAUGGUCGCCAAUGGUAUCAACUACCCGUACAGUUUGAUAAUGUCCAGUUCAAACGAUUGACACCAUUGGCGGAGGACUCGGAGGUUAAGCUAACGGUACGGCUGUUGCAGCCGACCGGCGAGUUUGUUUUAUUGGAUGGACAACAUGUUGCCGUUACCGGACGGGUGUCCACAGUGGACGACCCGGAGUCGUGGACUGGUAGCAGCCGAGCCAUUGGUGACAAUGAUAUCUCGAUUAUUGAUGAUAUUUGGAAAGGUCACAAAUUGGAUGCCAAUGACUACUAUACGGAGCUAAACGUCCGGGGCUUUGAUUACGGGCCAGUAUUCAGACAAAUACAAGAAAUACAAUACGAUAGCCUAUCCAAGUCGUGGUCAAAGGUACGACUGUCGACUACCGGUGCUAUCGGUGCCAAUUGGAUAUCGUUUGUCGAAUCGAUGAUCCAGUUGUUUAUAACUCAUACAACCAGUCGCGGUGUAUACGUAUGCCAACAAAUGCCGUCACUUAAGUGCAAUCCUAUUGAACUGUUUGGUAUGGAUGAUGUUGAUGGAGGACAGGGAGCUGAUGCCAAAUUGAUGACUGUGCUGACCAAUGCCAAAACAAAAUCAGUGGUUACUAACGGUCUGGAGCUCAGGCGUCUGACAUUUGCUAACAUACCGUUGAGGAAUGUCAUGCACGACGUCCAGAUGGAAAAGUAUCAAUGGGUGGCCAACGACGAGGACAGGGCUAUUGAAGAAGUCGAUCGCCGACGUCUGACCCAAUAUAUUGACGAUUGUAAUGUAUUUGUACGUAAAAUUGCCGAAUGUUUGGGCAACGAUAUGGUGGUCAACGUAGCCGAAUCCGAUGCCGACAACAACAACGACCAGUUGGCUAAACUAUUGAACCGUUUGAACGGUACGACAGAUAAUACCGGUGCCGCCGCUGACAAUAAUAAUAGUGAAGUACUAUUGAGGACAUUGAACGGUCUUUACCGGACAGUAUACGAUGUAAACGGUAAUCCCGUUACCGAUGAUCUGAAACAAAGACGUCAACUAUUGAAACAAUAUCUAUCAUCAACUAACCAGUCAGUGGAUAGUUGUCUUCAGGUUGAGGAGGACCUACUGGACAGCGCUGGCCAUACAAACAUGCGACUCAUGCGUUCAAUGUUGGACAUUGUCAACGAAAACAAUCAAAGACAGAUCAGUAUAGCCGAGUUGAACACUGGUAGCGGCACCGGUAUUAUGGCUGCCGAUGUCCUGCACAGUAUGGGCUACUUUUUUCACUAUCCAUUGGUUGUCGACUAUACAGUGGCCACACCCGACCCGAAAUCAUUGCCCGAUGACGUCCAAUCUAAAGGCUAUCGUUUAGUUGACUGGGAUGUCAGCAGCAGCAGCAGCGGUGCCGGCGCUAAACUUGGUUGUCCUACACUUGAAGCACCCGUAGAUUUGCUCAUCUAUCGUGACAGUUAUACGGCUAUUGCGGACACUGCGGCCAUUGAGUCGUUGGUGGCCGAUAUGAGUCGUUCGGCUGCCGUCAAAGAUAACGGGUUUUUGUUUGCCCUGUUUAGGCAACAGCUGUCACCGGCCGACCAAUUGAUCAAUCAGUUAACAGAUGUCCAAAUCAAUGACCAGUUACUGGCCAAUCGUAUCCAGACGUUUGCCAACAGUGCAGCCAAUAGUGGCUUUCAAUUGAUUGGCCGUAAAUCGGAUUCAGUGGCCAAUGCUGGACUAUUGUUUCGCCGAUGCGGUCGACAAGUAUCGCCCGACGGCCAAGCGGUAGUUGAGGUCAAGUUUGGCAAAUAUGAUGAAUGGGUUGAGGAAUUGAAACAACGAUUUCGCGAUUAUAAGGAUCGGCCGAAAAAUGAAAACGUAUGGCUGUUUGCCAACGAUAGCGAUCUCAACGGUAUUAUUGGUCUGGUAAACUGUUUGCGACAGGAACCGGGAGGCGAUCGGUUCCGAUGUAUUGUUACCGAUGGCGACAGCGGAUCAGCAGCACCGGUAGCCAAACCCAUUGACUUUCAUAGUGAACCGUAUAAGACAAUAUUGCGAUCGGAUCUGGUUAUGAAUAUCCAGAGCACUGGUGGUAAAUGGGGUACAUAUAGGCUAUUGAAUUUGGAGUCCGAUUAUAAUAAGUGCCGAUCCAGUGAUGCCUAUCUGGAUGUCGGCAAAAAGGGUGACCUAAAUAGCUUGCAAUGGUUUGAUAAGUCAUCUACAAGUAAUGGUAGUUUGGAGACUACCGGUGCCAACAACAACACUGUCAACGUUGAAGUCUACUAUUCGGGUGUCGAUAGUGCCGAUGUAGCUCUAGCUUUAGGUCAAACCGGCUCCGAGUUUGUGGACAAAUCGGUUGGAUUUGAGUUUGUCGGCCGCCGAUCGGAUACUGGUUCGCGUGUUAUGGGCAAAUCAACUGGCGGUAAAGCUAUCGCUACAUCAGUGGCCAUUGACGACGGUUUGUUGUUGCCCGUGCCCGACAAGUGGUCACUGGAGGACGCCGGGUCGGCUUUCGGUGCCUAUUUUGCCGUCUGGUAUGGCCUAAUCAAUAGGGCCGGGCUAGCAAAAGGUGAAACCGUAUUGAUUAAUUCCGGGUGCGAUUCGGUAGGUUUGGCCGCCAUUCAAGUGGCCAAAUCAAUGUCGUGUCGUGUGUUGGCCACUGUUAGUACCGACGCUAAACGCCAGUUCCUCCGCAACCAGUUGUCCGACGAGUGUAUACUCGAUGCAAACGACCCGAACAUUGGCGAUACGAUACUCGCGGCUACCGAUGGUCGCGGUGUAGAUGUCGUAUUGAAUCCACUGUCCAGUGAUCAGCAAUCGGGCGGCGGCGGCCACGAAGUACUCGCACCGUACGGUCGAUGGAUCGAUUUGGACAACUAUGACCAGAGUCAAGUGGCGGCCGCAAAUCGGGCACUGUUGGCCCGCAAUAUGGUCUACCAUAACAUUACAUCACUGAUACCGGAGCGCAGCGCUGGUAGUAGUAGUGGUGACACAUCAUUACUCCACCCAUUGAUUCAAUCGUAUGGCAAAUGGUUGGCCACCGGUGUCAGCAGCGGUAUCGUCCAGCCGAUUGUCCGUACAAACUAUCGGUGCGAUUCAACUGGACAACAAGCGGCUGCUGAUAAAGCAUUCAAAUCGGUGGCCAGUGGCCAGACAAUCGGUAAAGUGUUGAUCAAAUUACGUGACGAAGAACCGUUCGAUAUGGUCACUACCGAUAUCAAACCUGUCGAGCUGGUGGCCAAUACCCGUAGUUGGUUUGCGGCCGAUAAAGUGUAUAUACUGGUCGGCGGACUGGGCGGUCUCGGCUUGGAAGUGGCCUAUUGGAUGGCCGAACGCGGCGCCCGUAAACUGAUACUCGUUUCGCGCAGUGGCAUCAAAAACGACUACCAAUAUGUGUUUGUCAAACGUAUUGAACAGGAGACGACCUCCCGAUGCGGUGGCCAACCGCCGGUUAAGGUCCGUAUAUCUACAUCCGAUCCGUCAUCGGUGGCCGGUGCCGAACGAUUGGUCAGCGAAGCCCUCCAAUGGGGACCACUGGGCGGUAUCUUUCAUUUUGCUACCGUACUGAACGAUGCAUUCAUCGGCGACCAGACGGCGGCCACUUUCCGCAAAGUUUGCGCACCAAAAGUGGACGCCUUGGGACACUUGGAUGCCGUCACCCGUAAACACUGUCCGUCCGUCGACUAUUUUGUUGCCUUUAGCUCCCAAUCGUCGGGUCGCGGUUUUGUUGGCCAAAAUAACUAUGGUUACGCCAACUCUGUUAUGGAACAUAUAUGCGAACGUCGGGUCAGACAUGGCCUGAGCGGACUGGCCAUACAGUACGGACCGAUUGGUGAUGUCGGGUUGUGGGCGGCCAACGAUAAUAUCGAUCUGACCAGUAUCGGUAUGGUUAUCAAUACGCAACGUAUACCGUCGUGUCUGGAAGUUAUGGACCGAUUCCUUCACUGUCGACACCCGAUUGUGUCGACUAUUGUCCGCCGGGAAGGUGCCGAACAAUCCGGAUCGUCGGGUUCGGGUAGCGGUAAGUCUAGUAUAUGGCAGGGAAUCGGUAUCGAUAUGUCCUCAUUGCCCGAUGAUCUGACACUCGGUGAAGUCGGUAUGGAGUCUAUACUGGCCGUCGAAAUGCAACAACGCAUUGAACGUGAAUACGAUGUCAGUUUGACCACCGAUGACAUCAAACAGAUAACUGUCCGACAGAUUAGAGACUAUCAGAAUAGUGACACACAAUCGGUAAAGACAAAGAUGGCUGAGUUUAAAAAGUCAUUGAAAAAAUAAAUUG